CUAUUGGUACUGGUGUUCCUUCUCCAACAAAUAAGUGAUUAUCUUUCCUCCAAUACAAAUAGUAAUAAUAUAAAAAACGUCAUCGAAAAAGAAAUACAAUAUAUUUGCUACGUUUGCCGACCUUAAAGACCACAAAUUCCUUGGAGAGGAUAUGAAUGAAGUGACCGAACGAGAAUACAAGCGGAAAGCGGAGUUGUAGGAAACCAUAAAACGGCGUUAGAGUGUGGAAUGCCAACUAUACUCAAAACAAUCCACCGAAAGAGAUAAGAAAAAAUGAAUAUAACGGUACAAAUCCAUUGAUUUAAUGAACGAAUCGGUUCUCGGCGAAUUCGAAUACUUAACAACGAGCGUACAAAAGGCGAAUAAGUAAACGAGCGAGCUACAGAUCUAUAAAAAUAGAAUAACCUACCACAAUCGCUAUUUAAUAACGAAUAAACCAAGCAAACUCGAAAACUAUAUUAAAUUAAUCUUAACAAUAUACACCUGGACAUACAUAUAUACAUUUAAAAUUUCAAAUUAUUAGGAUUCAUAUAGUAGAUAUUCAAUUAAUACAUUCUCGAGGGCAAAGGCAUUUAAAAUAGAUGAAGAAAAGGAACGGAGAAAAAUAUAUAGAAAAUAGUACCGGCCUAAAUGUCUGGAUGAAUAGUACAAAUGGAUGAAAAUGCCGCUGUCGCUGUCACAUUUGUUGUCGUCGCCGCCAUUUUAUCAUCACUUUUAUCGAGCACAAACGCAGCAGUACAAAACAUUAAGCCCAAAAAAUCAGUCAAUAAAGCAACAACUGCUUACACAAAGGUCGAAACUAAAAGCCAUCAACGGCAAGACAAUAGAGCACCAACUAGAAUUCAAAGCCGCUCAAAUAGUCAAAAUAUACUUAUUAGAUAUUCAAAAAUAUAUAAUAGCAGUAAUAGAAAAGAAGUUACCAAGGCCAUUGAAAAAAUUGGCUGCAAUUUCUGUGGCCAGCAAGAAGAAUUGCUUCCAAAAUUCUUCUUCGUACAUUGCAUCAAUAAAAAUAUCAGGAGUCAAUGUGAAUUAUCCAAUAUGAUGUUGAGCAGUUGAGAUAAUUGUCAGCUGUUAUACUAAAAACAACAAAAAAGUAAAAAGGAUUAUAAGAGAUAAACUAAAAAAAUUAAGCCUCAAAAAAGAAGCAGCAGAAAACUGUUCUAAGAUUACAAAAAACUUUUCAUUUCGCGUAUCGUCGAUAUCUUCGUUAUAUUGGUCUGCUGCCAAUUGCGAUUCAGCGAUACGCCCCAUAAUCGAAAGUAUCCUUAUAGAAUGCGCAAAAUGGCGGAUGGUGGACAUACAUUCGUAAAGAAGACUUUUGGAAAGCCAACGUAUUGUCAUCAUUGUUCAGAUUUGAUUUGGGGUAUUAUUCAGAUCGGUUAUAUAUGUGAAGUGUGUAAUUUCGUCAUACACGAUCGUUGUGUUUCAAAUGUUGUUACUCCAUGCUCUGGCAUUGCUCCAUGUAUUAUAAAGAAUCCCGUCGCGCAUUGCUGGUCAGAGCCAACUCAUCAUAAAAAGAAAUUCUGUACCGUUUGCCGUAGACGAUUAGAUGAUAGUCCAGCAGUACAUUGUUUAAUUUGCGAAUAUUUCGCACACAUUGAGUGCCAAGAUUUUGCUGUGCCUGAUUGUACUGAAAAUGCGACGUAUGUGCCCGGCAAAGAAUUGCAGAGUGUGAAACAUCAGCAUCAUUGGAGGGAAGGUAAUCUACCCCCCACGUCUAAGUGCGCCUAUUGUAAAAAGACAUGUUGGUCAUCAGAAUGCCUCACAGGCUAUCGCUGCGAAUGGUGCGGUAUGACAACGCAUGGGGGAUGCCGCACGUACCUGACAACCGAAUGUAAUUUUGGUGUACUUCAACCCAUAUAUUUACCUCCACAUUCGGUCUCGAUUCCGCGCACCGAGGUGCCCAUAGAAGCUAUUAUUGGCGUACAAGUUAAAUCGAAAACCACAUUAUUACGAGAUUAUUCGUGCCCUGAUUUUGGGACAAUAGAGUGCCCAGAAAAUACUACUUCCGUAAAUUUCAUUACUCCCAAUGAAGGCUCUAUAACAGAUGCAAUCAACGAAAUAAAUAAAGUCCCCGAACCAAGCUUAAAAGAGAUUCUGUUCAUUGAAAGACAACGUCGCAAGAAAUCAAAGGAAAAUUUUCUACUAUCAUCAUCCACAUCAUCAAUAUCCACCAGCUUCACACCAACGCCAUCUUUACCUUUACUCACACUCCCAGUAGUUGAGAAAACUCCUAAGUAUUCUGAGCUCAAAGAAGAUGAACAAUGCAAGUGUAUCAACAUACCUGUAUAUAUAAGUGACGAUAAAGCUGUAAAGACUGUCAGCGGAACACCUCCGAAUCAAAAUGUGACUUGCAAUAUUCAAAAGUCUUCGUCUACAUCCUCUUCCCUGCAACUAUUAUAUACGAAUUUGUUGCGUAGCAUGCAUCCAAUCUCGCGAAAACACUUAUCAUCCAAUACAGACGAGGAUUUCGAUGUUUGCGAUAUAAAUGGUAGUGAAGUGAGUGAAGAUUAUCAUAACAUUAAAGUUAAACAACUAGACUCUAGAGAUCAUAGAAUCGUGGCGAAAACGUUACAACGACAAUGUCAAAGUCUCUAUGAAACUACCGAUACGGAAGGUGUUUUAACAACUGUGGACAACAUUGGUUAUCACUCUAACAUAAAUCAGAUUAGUAAUUUAAGCUAUAAUAGAGGUAAUAUUAAAACAUCUGUAGAAAGCCAUUGUAAUUUAGAUGAAAAACUAGAAAAUGCUCAAAACGUAAUAAUAACAGCAUGUGCACUCAAAGCGUGUCAAACAAUCAACGCACCUACACUAGUUACGCAAACGCUUACGGCUCCAAAAGAUGGCAACAGCAACGCACAUGAACAAUUUUCUAAGACUGGCGCUUUAUUCAAAGCGAAAACGUACAACCUCAGCCCGUUUAAGGGUGUCCCGAACAAAGGCGGUUCUUUGAGUUGUUCGCCUAAUUCCAGUGAUUGCUCGUCACAUUCGCCUGUGCCAGAGAAUCCUUUAAAAAUGUAUCUUUCGGCAGUGAACCGUAGUAAAUCAUUCCAAGAACCUGGAGUCAAACAGUAUACACGUAAAAAAGACUACACGCGACUCUUUCGACGUCGCUCAAAAAAACGUACUAAAGAUUCAGUGCUCAUAGGCACUAAAACAUCGAAAAGUGGCUUCAAUUUAGAUACCACAGGACAAAGUAUAGAAAUUACCAUACAAGAUGAAGAUGGUAAUUAUCAACCGUACGAUGAUGAUUAUUUGACUUUAAAAGAUGUGCGCAGUGGACUUAGCCGUAGCGGCUACACCGACGAUGAUGAAGAUUAUGAGGACGGGUAUGACUUAAGAAGGCACGUGAAAGCAGAAUAUCAAACUCCAGCGUAUAGUAGUGAAGCCAGCAGUCCUGUAAAUUUUCACAUGUAUUUAGAUGAUCAGCCGCAUAGCUUUACGAGUGAUGACGCCACAGCAGGCGAUAUAAGUGAUGGUGGGAGUAGUCGCAGUCGAUCACGCGUUAGUGACAAUGAAGAACACGUAUUCGGACGGUUGUUACGACGAAUGCAGUGCCUAUCGCAUGGAUGGCGGAAACAUCGUUACUACAAACGCAGAGCACGAAGUAUAUCUGAAGAGUUUAGUAGUGGAGACACGCCACGCUUCAAAGAUGAAGAGCCAGGUAUUAAAACUGAUACAAUGCACGCUAGUGCCGUUAGUGGCGGAAGUGGUACGUCAUCACACUAUCGCCCAGAAUCCUCACACAAAUCGGAAAAAUCAGACAAAGAUAAAACCAAAAAGGAAAAAGAAAGUGAGGAAAAGGACAUUGAAAUGAUCAAAGUUUUCGACGGUAACAACUCAUUUAGACGGCAACUAUACCGGGUAAUUAGUGUACCGCGGACUUAUACCUUAGAACAAUUACUAACUACAGCAUUGCGAGCAUUUCAUAUAACUAGAGAACCCAGCGCAUUUUACAUGACUGACUUGUAUGCUGCGUCUGGUAUGGAGGAUGUUCCAUUGCAAGAUCCAACGCCCGUAAUGAACUUGACGCAUUUGGAAGGAAAGAGACCAGCAAUUUAUCUAAGGUUUCACGAUAAGGACAAAGGAUAUGUACGCGUUUAUCCGGGUAAACUGCAAUGCUCUUUAGAAGAGCCGUAUGUUAAUGUUCCUGUUGAAAAUACAACCAUUAUUAAGGAUUUGAUUCGCGAUGCUUUGGAUAGAUUUGGUUUACAAGAUAACCAAAUCCAAGAUUACAGAUGCUCUGAGGUAUUACUAGACCGUGGGGUUACCGAAAGGAUAUUAUCAUGGAAUGAGCGGCCAUGGGAUAUAAUGAAGCAAUUGGGCAAGGAUUCCAUCAGACAAAUGGAACUAAUGCGAUUUUAUAUGCAGCAUAAGCAAGAUCCGCAUGGACCAAAUAUCGCGUUAUUCGUUGGAAAUUUACCACCAGGCUUAUCACAACGCAAUUACGAACAAAUUUUGAAUAAGUAUGUUACAGAUGAAAAUAAAUUUACUAGUAUUGGACCUAUCUAUUAUGAAUAUGGCUCAGUGGUACUAUCAUUUGAAGAUGCUCAAAAGGCGGUUCGAGCUUUCUAUAACUUACGUGAAACUAUUAUAGAAGAUAAGAAGCUUUUAGUCAUGCUCUUGCCAAAUAUAGAACCGAGCAUGGUGCCAUCAGAUGUGCGGCCACUACUUGUAUUUGUUAAUGUUAAAUCAGGCGGUUGUCAAGGCCUUGAACUAAUAUCAAGUUUUAGGAAGCUUCUGAACCCAUAUCAAGUAUUCGACUUGGAUAACGGAGGGCCAUUGCCGGGAUUGUAUGUAUUUCGGCAAAUUGUUAACUACAAAAUACUGGUAUGUGGCGGUGAUGGCACCAUCGGCUGGGUAUUACAAUGCUUGGACAAUGUGGGACAGGAUUCCGAAUGCUCAAGUCCACCUUGUGCCAUAGUUCCUUUGGGCACCGGAAAUGAUUUGGCCCGAGUACUUUGUUGGGGUUCUGGCUAUACAGGAGGUGAAGAUCCUCUAAAUUUACUCCGUGACGUUAUCGAAGCUGAAGAGAUACGCCUGGAUCGUUGGACGGUUGUAUUUCAUCCGGAAGACAAGCCAGAAGAGUCUGCAUUAAAGGCGCCCUCAAAUACAACGGGUAAGAAGAAGAAGGCUCACCAAGCACAUCUAUCGCAACAAACAAAUCAGCACCAUCAAUUACCGGCCAUAACAUCGACUGAAAUAUCAGGUGGUGGCGCCCAAAAUGAAGACAACUCACAAAUAUUCGUUAUGAAUAAUUAUUUCGGCAUUGGCAUUGAUGCCGAUCUUUGUCUAGAUUUUCACAAUGCACGCGAAGAAAAUCCGAACAAAUUUAAUUCUCGAUUACACAACAAAGGUUAUUAUGUUAAGAUGGGCUUGCGAAAAAUUGUUGGUCGUAAAACCGUUAAAGAUCUUCAUAAAGAAUUAAAAUUGGAAGUUGAUGGCAAAGUAGUUGAUUUGCCACCUGUUGAGGGGAUUAUUAUAUUGAAUAUUUUGAGCUGGGGUAGUGGCGCAAACCCAUGGGGACCAGAUAAGGACGAUAAUUUUUCCACACCCAACCAUUACGAUGGAGUGUUGGAGAUUGUUGGUGUUACAGGCGUUGUACACUUAGGGCAAAUACAAUCCGGUAUACGGACGGCAAUGAGAAUCGCACAGGGAGGUCAUAUAAAAAUUCAUUUAUACUCGGAUAUGCCAGUACAAGUCGAUGGAGAACCUUGGGUGCAAAGUCCUGGCGAUGUUGUUGUUUUAAAGUCGGCUCUAAAAGCCACAAUGCUGAAAAAAAGUAGAGGUAAAAGACGCCUUACUGAGCCACAUAUUUCCCCAGCCGUACUAGCCAGUAGUUUAUCAGCGUCAGCAACGGCAUCUACUGCAGCAUCACAGGCUACCAUCCAAAUAAAUUCCUCUGGAAGCAGUGGUAGUGGACUCGGACAAGGACCAGAAAAUGGUGAUCGCGACCGCACAACUCCAAUUGGCACAUAGAGAUCGUGCCCGUCUGGUCCAAGUUUUUUAUUCUCUUGUUUUCUUUGAUUACUAAUAUACACAACGCUAUUUGACAACAAGAAAAAUAACAAUAAACAAAUUAACUAACCAAAACAGAAUGAAGAUAUGCAUAUUAGCAAUUAAAACAUCGCUGUAACAAAUAGUUUACAGGACAAUUGUGUAUUGCGUUAUAAAAAUAAUUGCAUUUCUUAUAUAAACAAUUAAAUUUAUUUAAUAAUAAAUAUUUUAUUAAUUAGACUAACGAAUUGUUUUAUAAUAAAAUUGCCGAAAAUUAAAUAAUCUGUAUAUGAUGCUUAUACAAAUAAUUGUCUGUGUACACGUGACUUGAAGUAAAUUGUUAUUGCGCAAAGAUUGGCAAUAGAAUUUUGAAAUUGCAAAAUUUUUACAAACAUGCACAUGUAUGUGAGGCAAAAACUGUAAAAUCUUUACGAGCGAGUGCAGAUUCUCAUUAUCAUUACUUUAACACACUAAAACAUGCUCUUUUCCUCUUUUAUUAUACAUAUACAAUUCCAGUAUCUUGAAGAUUUACAUACAUACAUAUUAGAUUAUACAUACAUACAUAGUAUUCAUGAAAGAAAAAAUAAGUUGAAAAGUAUUUUAUUACUUCAAUAGUUUUGAUCAAGAUUGGAUUUUUGUUUGCAUGUACAUACUUUAUACAUCAAUUACAAUUCGAUUUAAUACAUAUAGUAGAGCUUAAUAAAAAAGUACAUAAUAUCAUUUUCAAAUUCAGUACUGUUACUUUUUUAAUUUUGUAUUGCUUGCGUGUUUUAAUUUGUAUAAAGUAAACGAAAAAAUUACCCAGAAAGUUAAGGGCAAUUAAUAGUUAAAUUAAAAGUAUGGCUAUAUUUAUUAUUUAUUUAAAAGUUGCUACUGUAGUAAAUAUGGUUCCACUGCACUUCCGUAUAGGCCGAAUGCAAUCAUCUUAAACGUAAUAUUAAAAAAAAAAUUUUUAAAUUUAUGAAAAGAAGUCAUUAUAUAAACUGUUUGACAUCAUUAUACAUAUGUAUAUUCAUAUAUAUUGUAUUUUUAAUGUAGUAUGUUUGGUAUUAGAAUUAGAGCUGCCCUCAUUUUAUUAAAUUUAUUAAUGUAUAUGAUAGAUUUUUGUUAUCAAUAGUUAUGAUACUUUUUAUAAAUUUUUUAUUAAUGGUCAACAAUACAUAUCGUAUCUAUCGUAUAUGCUAUGCUCUAUCUGCUUGCUUGUGAAAUACAUCGCUUUGGGUUUGAUAGUUGUAUUUCUUCAUAUAACACAAAUGGAUUAUAGUCAAGUAUGAAUGUACUCAUAUGUAUGUAUGUAAAGGGCUUGGUUAAUAUUGUUGCUGACUUUUGUUGUCUUGACUAUCCUUUAAUAAUUACAUAUAUCACAAUUAUUUUCAAAAAUUAUUCAAAUACAUAUUUAGUAUACAAAAGCUCCUCA